GUAGUCAGUCGGCGGUCGGAGUCCGCGCGUGACGGGUCGCGAGGUGAUAAGCUCGUGCUGCUUGCUCACUCGGUCGGCGGCGGCGCGACGUCACGAUAGACUCCGCGCGCUCGCAAGCAGAAAUACGUGCGUGCGUAACGCUUCGUGUGCAGUGAAAAGUGUGUUUUUUUUUUUUUUCGAAUUGUACGUCAUGCGUGGACUUCGCGUGUCUUCAGUGAUCAAGCUCGGAUUUUCGAGCGGGUGACGAGAAUCCUCGCCCCGAUACGGGAGUCCUCUCAUCUGAAUCGCCUCUCGUACGUACUAUCCAUAUGGGAAUCACGCGAAACGCGCAUUCGUAAUUCCUCAAUUAAAUGCGAGCACGCGUCGGAAGACACACGCACCGAUAGCGGCGGUGGUGGUGGUGAUCUGGACCGAUGCAUCUCGAUGGCACACGCGACAAAAAUAUCCACGAAAGAUCUCGGCAUCUCGCCAAGCGGCCUCAAGAGCUACCGUCGAUGUAGCUUUGAUAAGAUAAUCCCGUGAGAGAUAGUCAUGGUGAUAUAAUAGCGCGUCGAUGAGCGCGGCGAAACUAAACGCAUUCACGCGAUAUUAUUUUCUCUAUUACGGAAACGGGGGUUCGAAAAAUCUGCGGAAUGAUAACGGCAGUUCUCCUGAAUGUUGAAUCGACGUUACGUGCCAAGGAACGUAAUAAACGCGGUCCUUGACGUCCGCGUUCGUAUUGAGGUUCCUUCUUACAAGAGGACGAAUUUCACGCGAGCACGAGACGGCAUAAAGGCGUCCCCGCGUCUAGCGUUUAUGGAGCUCCGAGAUUCCUCGGAAAUUAUACUGCGCCCGAAUGCAGACCGCGGAGGGAGAUACGGAAUGAGCGCAUGAAUGCACGGCUAUUCUUGAAGAACGUUCGCGGCAGGAGCUGUGCACCGUUUCCUAACAAAAAGAGUCACACGUCAGCUACUGAAAGGGAAUACGUGCGCGUAGAAAGGAAACGUCAAGUAUUCUAGGCACGCGUGUAUGACAACGAAAACUCGUUCACCUGAUCAUUCCUUCAUUCUUCGAAAUUUUUCCAAUUGCAUAAGUCGUACGUUUCGAACGUGACAUAUCGGGGCUUCGAGUCCAAAUCGCCAGGCCACCGCACGCGAGAGUGCCGCGGGUCGAUUAAUAUCGAGCUACCUGGUCAAAUCGCAUUCGGAUCGGUUUGAAAAAAAAGAGAAGGAAAAAAAAUCCGUCAUUUUGGGACGCAUGCCGGGGGCUCUUCACGCAAUCGCGUAUUGCGAAUCGGUUCGUGCUGAAUUGCCACGAAUUUCAGAGAUCGCGUCGCCGUGGGAAAUUAAUCGAACGUGAGUGUGUGCAGCUCGAAUGACGAAAGUGGCUGUUCUCCGGAUGCCGAAAUUUUCCUGAAUCCGGUGAAUACCGCAUUGGAAGCGCCGAGUGUAGCCAAAAAGGAGUACCAAGUGGAAAGGCUCUGUGCGUGAGCGGACGAACCGGAUAAACAGCGCGUACGCCCCACGUGGAAGCCCGGAAGAACGUUAAAUGAAUGUUGUUACGGCGAGUGUUGGCGAUCGCGACGAGAAAAUCGAGGAGACACGGCAGGAUCGCCCGAUUUAAAUUCAUAGAUGUGCGAGCGGACGGGUCCACAAUGGUGGCUCGGCUCCCGCAACAAGUUCUGCUACUACUCGUACUCGUUACUGGAGCGUCCACAGGGGAAGCUGAGGACCCGCGAUGGAGCACGUACAGCGCUCGAAAAACGAGUCGGUCAUCGUUGCCGCGAUCCUGGCCGUCUUCGAGUUUAGAGCAUGCCGCGAGGGAGACCAGACCCUCGAAUGGCAAGCUCCUCGAAACUAGCUCUUGGAGCGUGGACAGAUCGAGUCCUGGCACUCGAUCGGAUCCGAGUUUUCUGGGAACGGUGAUCGAAAGAUCCGAAGAAGACGAGGAUGGGAGGAAAAUGCAGUCGCCGGGGUGCAAUGACACCGAGGACGCGAGGAUCGCACGCCAUAACCCGUCCGUCUCUUCCAGAAGCAACGAAACGAGCCAGACGGAUCCGUCCAAUCGGAUUUCCAUCGAGUCAUCGUUCUCUCAGUCGUCGACGAUUGGCUAUCGUGUCGUGAGGACCUCGCCAACUUCUAGAAGUUCCUACGACAUAGUGCCAACGCUGGAGACACGGCUAUCACCCGAAAGACGCGAGAGUUUGAAAAAUACAACAUUAACGUCCACCACAAACAUCGCCAUGCCACGACGGCACAUGAGGCACGUCUCGGAUCCUUGCGAGCAGUUCGAAAUUGGGGAUCCGGCAAAGAGGGAAUUUUAUAGUCCAAAUUAUCCCAAACCAUAUCCGAAUCAGACGAAUUGCGUUCGAGUUUUGGAAGCUGACAAAGGUAUGCUACUGAAGCUCGACUUUCGGGACGAGUUCAAGCUCGAAGACAGCGCGGAUUGCCGUUUCGAUCACCUCGAGAUACGUGACGGUCAGUAUGGUUACUCUAAUCUCAUCGGUAACUUCUGUGGCACGAAUUUUCCCCCCGAGAUCACGUCGAAGACACGCUACCUCUGGCUGCGAUUUCACAGCGACGAGAAUAUCGAAGGCACGGGAUUCAAGGCUGUAUGGAGCGUGAUACCAAGACCGACCUAUCCUGGCGUACUACCGGAACCAGAACCGUGCAUAUAUUAUAAGUCGGAUAAGCAGAUAAUAAUUCAUAGCAACGACAUCGAGGCUAGAAGGAUUCAAGCCGAACAACAGGGUUUUGCGCUGGAUUGUAUGUGGGUCAUUCAAGUGAUGAACGAAUCGAAGAUCCUGCUGACUCUUGAUCUUUUCAAGCUGAAAUUGCCGAACGAGUGCGACGCUAACUUUGUUGAGAUAUUUAAAGAGCGGACGGACAUGUCUUCAAGAGAGAGAAAAUUCUGUGGCAGUAUCGCCGACACCAUCCUCUUGUCAACUCAUAUCGCCCACUUGAGGUUUUAUGCAGAACCGAAAGCUUUGAAUAGUAGCUUUGAGGCGGUGAUAACCUCCGUCAGGGAAAAGAGCGGCGAGAAAUGCCGUGAUGAUGAGUAUGAUUGCGAGGAUGCGACAUGUAUUGCCGCGGAUUUGGAGUGCAACGGUAGAACGAACUGCCGCUUCAAGUGGGACGAAGAUGAUUUAAAAUGCAAUAAUAAGAAGGCACGGUUGAUCGAUUCGCAGCACAUCGUCAUAAUCCUCGUCGUUUUCUCUCUAAUUAUGUUUGGCAUGAGCUUUGCCUUCGUCUUCAACUGCGUUCGGAAGCUCAUCCGCGAUCACCGUAUUAUUCAGGAGCACAUAAGGCAAUCCAGAGAGAAUCGUUUAGACGAACUUGGUCGGAAAUCGACACCGUGUCCAAUUUCAACUUCCAGAACGGAUCUGCAUGAUCAUGGCAGCGAGUCACCCAGUUUGGAAGUCUUGCCCACUAAGGAAUUAAUACCACCCACCACCAUGAUACCUCAGGAAUACACUAAGGAGCUCGUUCUUGAGAUGACUUUUAAUACGAAUGAUAUCACCGAUAUUCAUCAAAGUAAUAAUGUGAGCAACGCCACUCAAGAACGUCUGCAGGAAUCCAGCGAAGAGCCAGAGAUGCGCGAUAAUUACUGUCAAACCCGAGAAAGUCUUUUCGAGUCACAAAUACCAGAUGCAGUAGCACCAUUAGGCUUCACAACCUUUGGUGUGCGCCCUCCCAGCUCCCAAAAUGGGACCAACCUUCAUCAUCAUCACCAUCAUCAUCAUCAUCAUCAUCAACAUCAUCGUCAACAGUCGCAACAGAGUGCUCAAUCGUCGCAACCGAGCUCGCAAUCGUCACAACAAAGCUCACAGCAACAAAGCAUCUCUCAAUGCUCCGAUUGUAGUCCGGCAUCUCGCGGAAGAGAUGGCAGUAUGGGUAUUUGUCCGAAGUACAAUCCUAUACCUGCGCCACCCGGCUGGUCCACGCACGAAUCCAGUUAUCCACUGCCCGUGCCACAAACUGCCCAGUAUCCAGAACAGUUGGAGUACCCGUCCUACCAGAGAUUUCAGAGUCCCAAGCCCAGUAGAGAGUCUAGCGGCGUCUAUCGACAAUCGCCCAAGUUCGUACGACAGGCCACUGUGGGCUCCGGCGAGAGAUACGGUAGUUCUAUAUAUGGGUCCGGUCAUGGCUCUAGUAACACCACGUCCAGCACGUCACAACACUCCUCCGGUAAUACACCCACUAAACGCCAGCCUCAGCCGACACCGGAUCCGAGGUAUCGAGCGGAAGCGGUGAUCGAGGUGGAUCAAAGACGGCCGUUUAGUAUAGAGAGCACAAAGAGUGCCCCGGAUGUGAUCGCGACGCACUGACGCCGGAGUCCUGGGGAUUGGGAGCCCUACAAGAGACGCCAUCCCCGUCAAAAUUAUUCGGCGGUGACUUGCAGCGAUAGUGGGAACAAGGUGACCGUCGCCACGCAGAGUUCUCUCGACGACGACGCCUCGACAAGCUCCACCGUAGAAGCAAACUCCUCCUCCUGAUCCACGUGUCGCGAUGCGCUCGAUCGCAAGAAAUCGGGCGAGAAAUUGCUUGCGAACAGUGAUUUCUGUGAUCGUGAAUCGUCGAGGAUUGGCCAGCCGUCCGAAAUCGUUGAUCGGCUUAUCCAUCCGAAUGGAGGGAAACAUGUCAAGGAACUCGCUGAUGAAACCAUUGAAUUAAAAGGAUCAGCGACAAUCAGUGACAUGUCUGGCUCUAAUUCGAUCAACGUCAACGAGGAGCCUCGACUCGACGAUAUUUCCAUGCCGCGCUCGAUAAAUCGCACUGGUGGUUGGACGACGGGUGAUUCGCUGAUCUCGAAACCGUGGCGAGCAAAAGCGGCUUUGAAGCUGCACGACUUGCCAAUUCUGCGACCACCGGAGGGCUUCAGGGUACCCGUGUUCAGAUGCAGGACUCCAUCUCUUUCCUGGCAGCAUUGCGGGUGUCUCUCGCAUACGCAUUUACCCCCGCAGCGAUCAUCAAUCACCUGGAGUGCCUUUGAGCGAUGCAGUAUGGAUCCCAUGUAUCGCACCUGGCCUAAUCGAACCGCGAGAAGGUUUGGGCGUCCCUCGAGGAGAACGGUCGGUACUCAAAGCUCAUUGGACGGGGCUAAAUCAUCUUUCGGCAUUCUCCGAUGUGUUGUUAGGUCAAUUGAUAUGACAGAGAGAUCCCUAGACCAGGAGAUUGGAGCUUCUAUACCUUUUUAAUGUCUGCUUUAUGAUUUAAAUCACAUCACUGAAUUUUGCAUCAUUAUUAUUGCGUUUUUUUUUUACAGUGGCGCGCAUUCUUUGACUUCACGUGUAAAUCAUCAUGUUUUUUUCUCAAAGGAAAAAAAAUGUGAAUUUUCUUAAGUGUGAGGUUGAUGUAAGCUACUUCAUGAUUAGAGCGA